UACAUCAGCCAGCCUCAAACUGAUGACAGUUAUACUUUGGAGCAAUAAUUGACGAAAUUGGCGUUUAAAUCAAGACUUGCAAUUUUAUUCGAAUUGAAUGGGGAAAAUGAACCAUUUAAAUGAUAAUAUUGUGUAAUUUUUUAAUCAUUUAUUUUGAAAUAAAAAAUCAUUUUUGUGACAAGUAACGAAUUCAUCGGUUUUGUUCAUUCGAACGUUCAACUGAUACAAACUGACGUUGCAGCGAUCGGUAUCGUUCAGUUUGACACAUUGAUUGAUUUGUGAUGCAACGCAACAGAACGUAAUUUGCAUGCUUCGCAUCAACAUGUGCUGCGAUUCUGUCUAGAGAUAAAUCGUAGUUUUUAACAGUUAAUCGAAUUUGAAUACGAAAAAUGGACGAUAGUUUUUCAAGUGGCAUAUUUGACGGGGAUCGAGCAAGCAUUUCUUUCAGUGGACAUUUUCGCAGACGGAGCCCAGAUAUCAGCGAAAUAGCGCCAAAUAGAGGAACGCCGCCUGAAUUGACGUUUCUAUCAGGCCACAAAGAUUCCACAAAUGUGUCGAAUUCAACCUCAUUGGAUCGCAAUCAGUCGACAAAAACAUCGUCGGCAACCAGUCAAUACUUAUCGGUUGAACACAAGUGGCCAGAGAAUGAAAAUACGUAUCUGAUUGGCGAUAUCAAGAAUUGGCCAAAGUAUCGACCGAUGGUGGACCGUUCGAUAAACUUCACCGCACUCAUUGAAGAAAAAACGAUUUACGAGCAAAGUCAAACGUUGCGACCAUAUGUGUUCCCGUCAAGCCCGAACCAAUCAAAGUUCACCUACAUGUCAAUCGAUGGAGCAUCCACAAGUCGAUCAAACGAUUCCGAUGGAAUGAUUUCAACCAAAAGCAUGUCAUCUACAAUGGUUUCGAAAUCAAGUGAAAAUGUUGAUCGUCCGACACAUUUUAUGGCCAGCAAACAGAUUUCGAGUGGAAAUUACUUAAAGGUUCCGGCUAGAGCCCCUUUAGGCGAUAUAUCCAGCGCGAUCAAAAACACACAAAAACCAUGUGCAGUGAAGUUACCAGUAUUAGCCAGCCAAAAAUGGGUAAAUAAUUUGAAACCGAAUACAUUGAAUCCAGUACGAAAUGUGCACGAGGGAACGAAGCGAGGACAAGGGAAUAUAACGCGCACAAUUGUACCAGCAUGUGCAUCGCUUAGCGUAUCCAAAAUCCCAAUCGCAAUUGAUCGUCAAAAAACACCCAUUCCAAGUGGUCGGCAAUCGGCACUAAAUCAUCUACAGCUGGCACCAACCAAUGGAAAUACCAACAGUCAACGCGAACCGCGCUACGAUGUUACCCAUCUCAUUGACAAAUUUCCGUUGAGAUCGAACAAAUCCGAAGUGAUUUGGAGAUGCACACCGUUAAGAAAUAGUGUGACCAAAUCAUUUCUGAUCUUAAAUAUCAUGGACACGCCAUUACGAUUGAAUAUCGAAGUCAUUGGGCUGGACUUCCGUGUGCCAGAGAAAGUGUUGUACCUGCAAGCCAAUGAACGUCGUAAAAUGAAGGUGACAUUUUGUCCGAGUGCCAUCGGCAAAGUAUUGGGUACAAUCCUCCUCAAACCAGUGAUGGAUUGGCGAUAUACGGCUGAAAAGCAGCGCGAGCUGUAUUUGUGUGCAUACGGAGGUGCUGCAAAUUGUCUAUUCCCAGGUAUUCACCGUGCACCAAACGACGGCGUAUUGCUUAACAUUGAAGAAAUUGAUAACGUUACCCGCAAACUGAUUUCAUACAAGGGAUUUUUAUGCAUUUCAAAUUUUGAACCAGUGAGCGGCACUGCAAUCAUAUAUGUCAAACCGAAAAUGAACACACUAGCUAUCCAUGAAACGCAAAUAUUCAUCGAACAACGAAACCUUGUUGUUCAUCAGAAUGAACCUAGGAAUGUAACCAUCGCAUGUUGUCUUCGAAGCAAAGAAUUGGAAUGGUUCCUAAAUCAAUCCAGCGAUAUGGUUGUAAUUGGUUCAGUUAUGAUCAUUCUUGGAUCAGAACCAGAUCGUCAACGCAUCACAGCCAUUCUAGCUGAAACAAACGAUACAUCGAUGCGCAAACGGUAUGAAUUUUUUAUGCACGGUUUUCCAGUCACAAACGCCGAAGAAUUUGAUGACUACAGAGGUCGCGUUGAACAGAUCGAGGAUUUAUAUGAUGGUUUUACCAUUGCUGAAAUUCCUUUGGUCAUUAAUCGAGAGAAAUUAAACGAAACACUCAACUCAUCCGCAUAUUUAACAUGCAUGGCAGGAUGCGAGGAUUUUGAUUUGCCUCGCAUGAACAACGAAGCUGAAUAAUCGAUAGAGAAUAGUUUGAAUUGAACAUACGAAUACAUAUUUAUCACAUCGAAUUUUAUCAUUUUGUUUAUUUUCAUGUUGUUCAUUUGUAUUAAUUGUAAUUGUAAUUUUGAUUAUCUAAUUUGUAAAAUGAAACUAUCAUGUGAUCCAUUGUGUACAAAAUAAUGUUUAGUCGGGCUAAAUUUAUAAAUUCGACAAGCGCUGUGAUUGAUUGAAACAAAAUCGUAGGCUUAGCACUUCGAAUCGAUAUUCAAUUUAAUAGCUUAAACUACAAAGAACUUAAAAUUAAACACCAUGCUUAGAAACAUAAAUGCGUUGACCAUUCUCGGUGAGAGCUCGGGCAUGCUUCGCCAAAAUCGAUGUGAUGGACAAUUGAGGUGAAGCGAAAAAUCUGUAAAUGAAAACAAAACAAAAAAUCAGAAUAAAUCAGGAAAAAUCAUUCAGUUGGAAAGAAAA